CCGAUUUUCCAAGCUCUGCCUAUCACAAGACUAUUGAAGGCACAGUUCUGCAUUUGAACCCGAAGACUACAUCCAUUCAAAACAAUGCCACGCACACCAUCUCAGGUGUGGAUACAUUUCAUCUCAGCCAAUCUGGAAGGAAAGGCUGUGUACAGUUGCAAAUACUGUGCAAAGACCUAUGUUAAGAAUGCCACAAAGAUGCAGCAGCAUAUAGCCAAGUGCCCAAAGUUUUCCCAGAGCUCCAAACAAGCAACCCCAGACAAGAGUUCAUCUGCUUCCAUCCGAUGUGAAAAUGAUUCCGAUUCAGACACCCUCUCGUCAGCUCCCGGCCACUCUGGAAUUGGAGGGUUGUUGGACUCAAUGGAUGAACGUAGCCAGAAAAAUGCUGAUGAAUGUUUUGCUCGAGCAGUGUAUGCAACUGGCUCACCUCUGAUGCUCACAGCCAAUGUCUAUUGGAAGAGAUUCCUGAAUGUCCUUCGCCCCGCGUACACACCUCCCUCCAGUCAUGCUUUGUCUACUCAUUUGCUGGAUAGAGAGUUCAACAGAGUGCAAGCAAAGGUCAAGCAAACCGUUGACAAAGCAGACUGCAUUUCCAUCAUCUCUGAUGGGUGGUCAAAUGUCCGGGGACAAGGAAUUAUCAAGUACAUUGUCACCAGCCCUCAAUUAAUAUUCUAUAAGAGCACAGACACAAAGGACAACAGACACACAGGCUCCUACAUUGCUGAUGAGCUGAAAGCAGUCAUCGGUGAUCUUGGACCUGAGAAGGUUUGUGCACUUGUGACUGACAAUGCUGCAAACAUGAAAGUUGCUUGGGCACACGUGAAGGAGACCUACCCUCACAUAACAACAAUUGGCUGUGCUGCCCAUGCUCUUAAUCGUCUCCUUGAGGACAUCAUGGCACUGAAUACAAUGAACACACUGUACAAGACAGCGAAGCAAGUCGUGAAAUAUGUGAAGGGCAAACAGGUAGCUUCAGCAAUCUACCUCUCUAAGCAAAAAGGAAAAAACAGGAACGCCACACUGAAGCUCCCCAGCAUCACUCGAUGGGGUGGGGUUGUCAUCAUGUACGACAGUCUGCUAGAGGGGAAGCCAAGAUAG